AUGGAUGACGUUUUACUUAAAAAUAGACUGCUAAGGAUUAAGUUAGAAGAGGCAGUUACAAAGAUGGAUAAUCAGACUGACAGGAUAACAAAUUUAGAAGAAAGCGUCAAAAAGAUAGAAAACCAGGCUAAAAGAGGAACGUGUAUUGAAAAUGCGAUUCAAAAUCUGAACAACCUGAUGGACAAACUAGAAAAAAUUAUAAAACAGACUGAAGAAACUGUAAGUUUUACGCUGAAGGAAUACUUCAACGAUAUGAAUAAGACAUUUUCAUAUCUUAAGCAAGAAAUCAAAACGUGUGUCGAUAAAAAUGAGCGAAAUCUAGAAAAGCCUCCAGAGGCAACGGAUAAAGAAUCGGGAAAUCCCAUAGAAUCUUUGAAUGAAGCUAAUGAUGUCAUUCAAAAGCUGAAAACAAGAAUUGUAAAAGUUGGAACAAGACAAGGAAAAAGAGCGGCUUUCUUGGCAAGACGUGCGGAGAAACGGAGUAAUGGAAAAUUACGUUUUACUAAAGUACACCUGAACAAAAGAUCUGCAUAUGACAACACUUCAGGCGUUUUUACGUGCCCGUUUCCUGGACUUUAUUCGUUUACAGCGACUGUCAUUGAAAUGGGAGACGAUGUCAAUCAUAUUGCUUGUGGCAUUCGGAAGAAUCGUAUUGUUUCCGCCUAUAUGUAUUUUAUUACUACUAGAAUAAACGGUGCGCGAGCAAUAGACGGAAGCGCAUCAGCAACAGCGGCAGCUACAAUGCAUUUGGUAAAAGGGGAUCGCGUAUUUGUCUACUGUAUCAAGAGCACUGACACCAGCCUUUUCACCUCUUCAUUUAGUAGCUGUCUAGUCAGUGCUAAUCCUUAA